GUCCGGCGAGGUUGCGGAGGAGGUGGAGGUUUCAUUCUAGUUUCCAGAUUUAUUUCCGCCUCCUAUCUGAAGGUAAAGCGAGACGAAGCUUCUUUUUUUUAAAAAAACAUUAUAGUCUUUUGUUGCGCCGAGCGAGGGAAGAUGUCGGGGCAGAGCAUUACGGACCGGAUCACCGCAGCCCAGCACAGUGUGACGGGGUCCGCCGUGUCCAAAACAGUGUGCAAGGCCACCACCCACGAAGUCAUGGGCCCGAAGAAGAAACAUUUGGACUAUUUGAUCCACUGCACCAACGAGAUGAACGUGAACAUUCCCCAACUGGCCGACUCACUGUUUGAGAGGACCACCAACACCAGCUGGGUGGUUGUGUUCAAGUCACUCAUCACCACACAUCACCUCAUGGUCUACGGCAACGAGCGUUUUGUCCAGUACUUGGCUUCGAGGAAUACACUUUUCAACCUCAGUAAUUUUUUGGACAAAAGUGGGUUGCAAGGCUAUGACAUGUCCACAUUUAUCAGGAGGUACAGUCGAUACCUGAAUGAGAAAGCUGUUUCAUACAGACAGGUUGCCUUUGACUUCACAAAAGUGAAACGCGGAGUGGACGGUGUAAUGAGGACCAUGAACACAGAGAAACUGCUCAAGACUAUCCCCAUUAUUCAGAACCAGAUGGACGCCCUUCUCGAUUUCAAUGUUAAUGCCAAUGAGCUGACUAAUGGAGUCAUCAAUGCAGCGUUCAUGCUCCUUUUCAAAGACUCCAUCAGACUCUUUGCUGCUUACAAUGAAGGCAUCAUCAACCUGCUAGAGAAAUACUUUGACAUGAAGAAGACUCAGUGUAAAGAAGGUUUGGACAUUUACAAGAAGUUUCUCACCCGCAUGACCCGAAUAUCGGAGUUCCUCAAAGUAGCAGAGCAAGUGGGCAUUGAUCGUGGCGACAUUCCAGACCUUUCACAGGCUCCCAGUAGCCUCCUGGAAGCUCUGGAGCAGCACUUGGCCUCUUUAGAGGGCAAAAAAGUCAAAGACUCCACUGCAGCCAGCAGGGCCAGCACUCUGUCAAAUGCAGUCUCAUCGCUGGCCAGCACGGGGAUGUCUUUCACUAAAGUGGAUGAGCGUGAGAAACAGGCAGCUCUUGAAGAGGAACAGGCCCGACUCAAAGCUCUGAAGGAACAAAGGCUUAAAGAGCUCUCCAAGAGGCCCUCCUUUGCCACCACUGAUACGUCGCCUAUCUCCACCACUGGGGGCACCAUCAGCACAGCACCAGCCAUCGACCUCUUCUCUACACCCAGCUGCUCCAACGGUGCAGUAAAGAUGGAGGGUGACCUGUUUGACCUGCAGUCGACCUUCCAGCCCUCCAUGAUAUCAGGCUCAACGGGGCUUCCUCUGGCAAAAGCGUGGGCAGAUCCUUUCACCUCUGCUGAAGCUGGAGAUGACUCUAUGCCAAACCUCAACCCUUUCCUCUCAAAACUCGUUGUCGAUGCCACUCACUUACCUGUCGUGUCUUCAGACGGUGUUAGCUUUUCCUCUAUGACAUCUGGUCAUGAAAUGUUUGGUGAUCGUUACAAUCCCUUUAUUGACACAAACUCACCUGUUUCAACCAAUUACAAACGCACAGUGCGGAUAGAACACUCCGUCUCAGACUCUUUCUGUGGUCCAGUGUCCAUUGCCCAGCACCUCCCACACCAGGCUCCCUUCCCCUCUGAGCCCUCUACUGUAGCAGGUCUAUUCAGAGGAUACUCUACGCCACAGGCUCCUCCACAACAGUCAGCAGGGGGACUACAAGUUGACUUUGAGUCCGUUUUUGGAGCCAAAGCCGCAGGCAGCAACAGCAUCAGUUCUGAUGAUAUCACUGGGGGAAUCCUGAAACCGACUCUUGCCGGCUCCAACCAGCCGUCCAGUCAGCAGCCAGAGAAGCUGGUGUCAGAUGACCUUGACUCCUCCCUGGCUAACCUUGUCGGCAACCUCGGCAUUGGAAACGGCACGAUGAAAAAUGACAUCCACUGGAGCCAGCCGGGGGAGAAGAGGAUGACCGGCGGCACCAACUGGCAGCCCAAGGCGGCGCCGAGCACGACCUGGAACCCCGUCUCCAUGCCAUCGUCAAUCAUGACCUUCCCUGCCACCACCCCCACAGGCAUGAUGGGAUAUGGCAUGCCUCCACAGAUGGGCUCCAUGGGGAUGAUGAAUCCACCCACCAUGAUGUACACCCAGCCCGUGAUGAGGCCCCCCAACCCCUUUGGCUCCGUGUCUAGUGCUCAGCCCUCCGCAGCCUCUAGUCCUUCCAGCCAGAGUCCUCUCCGAGCCCCUGGACAGGACCCGUUUGCACACCUCUCUCUCAAGGAUUUCUUGUAGAGCAUCUCUUUAGAUGCAGUUCAUGUAAUUUGAAGGAAAGUGUCUCUCGGAAGACGAAGCGAUUAGCAGCAAAGCUUUGUCCUCGUUGCGGUCUAACUUUUCAGAGAAACAUUCACACACACUCCAAAUACAGACAUGUCAAGAACACAAUGGUGCAACGACUGUCAGAAACCAUGGUAACCGUGUCCAAAUGACGUUUGACGAUAGUUCACACCCAUAACUUCUGUAACUUGUCCAAGACGUCAAAUGAUGCUGCUGUCUAACCCCCCUUAAGAGGAUUCCUUAUCCAUUUUACAGUGUAAUCUGUAAAGAUAGUUAAUGGGUGCUGAGAAACUUUGAUGUUAAUGUAUUUGGAAAUACUGUGUUUGGAUGUAAAGGCUCGAUGUUCAGCAGGGAAAGUGGUGGAAGAAAAAGGAGAGCACUCCUUCCCUUUCUUGAUCCGAUCAUCAGUCGUCCAUCCCCGACAGUUAUUUAAAUGUCACUAAGUAGUGAUGCUAAUGACGUUUACACCUGUUAAGUUUUUGUCUUUUUUACCGUGUUUACAGUAGACAUUCCUUGUGUGUUUGUAUUUAUUUAUGAUUAUUGAUUUAAGAUUGGGGGGGAAAUAACAAUGUAAAAUCUACAGUACAUUGAACACCUGUGGGAGUGCUUCAGCAUUAAACAAGGAUCUCUGACUAUCAUCAAGAGGUAGAGUUUAAAAAUAGCUAUUAUAUAAAUUACACCUAUUAAGCGGAAUGAUAGAGCACUAAAUAGAGUUUUGUGUUAAGAAUUUUUCUUUUCUUUUCUUUUUUUACCGGACGAAAGAUUUCACAAUCUCCAUUGUACUUAAAGUGCAGGGGUUAGAGUACGAGUCAGAAAACAGUAUGUAGUCGGUUCUGUGCCUAGGCUCCAUUUGCUUUAAGCUUGGCAUGCCAUUGACUCACUGACCGUAUUCAAGGCUGCCUUUACUCUGAAUGUGAAAGACUUGUCUUCAUGUUGCACACAUCUUUCCACACUACAGUUCCUGAGUGGGAGCAUGGGGAGGGGAGGGUGGGGUGGGGUGUAUAUGGUGGAUGGAGCGUGUCUGCUUGUUGGAUACCUAAGUUGCUACACUCUGGGGAAGAGGGUCACAGAUUUGAUGUAAAUUAAUUGUAUAAAAGGUCCAGAGGAGCGGCGGUGUCGUGGAGUGGAGGAGCGCUGUUGAUCGGCGCUCUGUGUGUAUAUAUAACAAAAAAAAAAAGCUGACUGUUUGAGUGCAAAAGUGAAAGAUGUAUGAAAUAUGAAAGCAAUUCAAUCAAAUUUGACUCUACCUAAGUUUGAUUCAGGAUAUUCUCUGCGUUUGUCUCCGCAGAUAUUUUCUUUAUGUAAUUAGAACGUGUAGCAGACAAUGACUGAAGUCUUUUCUUUCUUUUACAAAUAAAGAGCAGCUUCCACAAA